CCAACAACAUAAAUCCAUGCUUUAAUACCCUUUACAAACUCGUAUCACAUUCUUCAUUCUCACCCUUUUGUGUCCCUCGAAAGGCCGACACCGUGACCGUUGGGGUUCUUAUUCACUUAUGGAGAAGAAAACCAGAUUAGAACAUGAAGAUGGUCGCUUGCAACAACAUUUGGUUCUUCUCAGUGCUGUUGUUUUAGGGUUUGUGAUCAUGGAUCCUUUUAAAAUGAGUCCGGUUGGUGAACAUGAUUUCACACCGGUGAAACAUGAUAUUGCGCCUUAUGACCAAGUGAUGGCGAGUUGGCCCCAUGACAAUCUUAGUCGGCUAGGACUUGGGAACUUAGAGCAUGUGGAUCAAGUGUUUGGACCCGAGUCAUUGGAGUUUGAUCCCUUGGGAAAUGGACCCUAUAGUGGCUUAGCUGACGGUCGGAUCGUGAAAUGGUCAGGUGAAGAUCGAGGAUGGGAGACAUUCGCUCUCGUCUCGCAAAAGUGGUCCAAAAAAGUAUGCGCGACAGGAAAAGACUCGACGACAUACAAGCAAUGGAAAAACGAGGAGAUAUGUGGGCGGCCGCUUGGAUUGAGGUUUGACAAAAGUACUGGAAAUUUGUACAUAGCUGAUGCAUAUCACGGACUUAUGAUGGUUGGUCCAGACGGUGGAUUGGCCCAACCGUUGACCACCCAGAUUGACGGGAAGCGAAUACUCUUUGCAAAUGACCUUGACAUUCAUACCAAUGGUUCCAUCUACUUUACAGACACCAGCAUGAAGUACAAUAGAGUGGACCACUUCUUUAUAAUGUUGGAAGGAGAGUCAACUGGAAGACUCCUUAGAUAUGACCCUCCUACAAAGUCAACUCAUGUUGUAUUAGAUGGCUUGGCUUUCCCAAAUGGAGUUCAACUGUCUAAGGACCAGUCAUUUCUUUUAUACACAGAAACUACCAAUUGCAGGCUAAUGAAACUAUGGAUCGACGGCGAAAAGAAGGGAAAGGUUGAGCUUGUGGCGAACCUGCCCGGGUUUCCUGACAACAUAAGAAUAAACGAAAAGGGCCAAUUUUGGGUGGCUAUUGAUUGUUGCAGGACUAAAGCUCAAGAAGUCUUGAUAAACAACCCUUGGAUGAGGAGUGUGUAUUUUCGGUUACCUUUUAGGAUGCAACAUUUGGCUCGCGCUAUGGGAAUGAAGAUGUAUUCGGUGAUUUCCCUUUUCGACGACAAAGGGCAGAUUUUGGAUGUUCUCGACGAUAAGCAAGGCGUCGUGAUGAAGUUAGUUAGUGAAGUUAGGGAAGCAAAAGGGAUGUUGUGGAUUGGUACUGUGGCUCAUAAUCACAUUGCUACUCUACCUUACCCUGGAUGAGGGUUCCUAACAUGUCGAUUGUAAUAAGCCAUUUUCAUGCAUUCCUUGAUUUGUAUUUGUCUUUUCGCUCUAAAUGCAUUGAAUUUUUAAGUUUGACUA